AUGAUUUGUGUUUCUUUCCACCUUUCGUUUUUCACCUCUCUCUCGCUCCACCUCUUUCUCUCUCUCCACUUCUCUUUCUCUUCAUUUCCACCUCCUUCCACCUCUAUUUUACCACCUCUCUCUCACUCUUUCCACCUCUCUCUUUUCCACCUCUUACUCUCUCCCUUUCCACCUCUCUCCUUCCACCUUUCUCUUUCCACCUCUCUCCUUCUCAGCCUGCCUCUCACUUUCCACCUCUUCAUCUCUUUCCACCUCUCUCUGUCUUUCCACCUCUAUCUUUCCACCUCUCUCUUUCCACCUCUCUCUUUCUACCUCUCUUUCUACCUCUCUCUCUCUCCCAACUUCUCUAUCUCCCCCACUUCUCUCUGCCCCUCUUUCACCUCUCUCCUUCCACUUUUCUCUUUCCACCUCUCUCUCUCUCAGCCUGCCUCUCACUUUCCACCUCUUAAUCUCUUUCCACCUCUCUUUUUUCAACCUCUUACUCUCUCCCUUUCCACCUCUCUCCUUCUACCUUUCUCUUUCCACCUCUCUCCUCCUCAGCCUGCCUCUCACUUUCCACCUCUUAAUCUCUUUCCACCUCUCUCUCUUUUUUCACCUCUCCUUCCCCAUCUCUCUUUCCAUCUCUCUCUUUCUACCUCUCUCUCCCAACUUCUCUCUCUCCCCCAUUUCUCUCUGUCUCUCUCUUCACCUAUCUCCUUCCACCCCUCUCUUUCCACUUCUCUCUUUCCAUCUCUCUCUUUCUACCUCUCUCUCCCAACUUCUCUCUCUCCCCCAUUUCUCUCUGUCUCUCUCUUCACUUAUCUCUUUCCACCUCUCUCUUUCCACCUCUCUCUUUCCACUUCUCUCUUUCCAUCUCUCUCUUUCUACCUCUCUCUCCCAACUUCUCUCUCUCCCCCAUUUCUCUCUGUCUCUCUCUUCACCUAUCUCCUUCCACCUCUCUCUUUCCACUUCUCUCUUUCCAUCUCUCUAUAA